AUGCCAUCAAAAGUAUCCAAGAGGGCGCCUGAGUUAUCCAAGUCCGAUUCCGCUCCACUUCAAGACUCUCAACAAGCAGGUCGAGAUACGAUCUAUAACCUUAUUGCUAACAUGCAUCUUCAAUGCGAGUACAGCGACCUCACAAUUAUCUGCAAAGGCCGCAAAUGCGAACGCCAAUUUGAAGCCCACAAGGUCGUUGUUUGUCAGCGCUCAGAAUACUUGGCUAGGAUGUGCAAAGACCAGGAGAACUCAACGGACUCAUCCAAGCCACUGGUUAGCACCCGGGAACCGAUCUUAUUCGAAAAGGUUUUGGAAUUUCUAUACAAAUCCGACUACACCGUUCCCAGCAAGCCUAGCGUUACGCCCGACAACCCUUCUGGGGGCCGGGCUUUCAGGAAAGCACAGCUGGCCAAGAUUGAUGCGGAUAAAACCAGGGCCAUUCAGUCUACCGAACGAGAGUUUGAAGCGACAGAAGACAAAGAAAGCCUUGGGGAUUUCGAACAGCUCGGCAAUGAGUUAGUGGAUCUAUCACCAAAACAAGAAAUGGAGGAAGAAGUUGAAGGGAAUAUCCUCCACGAUGAUGACACCUUCCUUGAGCAAUGCCACCCAUGCUAUUUCCACGCACGCAUGUACAUCGAAGCAAGCUGGUGGAAGAUCCCAGACCUCAAGGUGAAAGCGAAAGCCCACUUCACGAAAGCAUUCAUGGAUAACCCAGAUCCAAAGUCCUUCGCCAAAACAAUUGAGGCAAUCUACGCCAUCAACACUACCUGCCAUGAGCUCAAGGAUGAAGUGAUCAGGUUUAUUGUGCCAAAUAUGAUGAUGUUCUGGAAAGGAGCAGGAGUUUCCACGACACCACCGGUUCUCACCCGCGAGCUUAUGGAGCUUGUGCCUCAGUUCACGUUUGAGUUGUUUCCGAAAUUUCUCGAUAUAUGUUGUGAUAAGGGCCUUUUCCAGCAACUGGCGGAUAAGAGACCUACGGAUGCCGGAGCAGUAAGAAAAAGAUAUUAG